UAUCAUCAUCAUCUUCCCAUCUCACACCACUGAAAAAGCGCGAUCAAACACUUCGCUUCUUCUGGGUUCUUCUUAGUUAUCCUUUUCAAUUCCCUCAAUGGGUUCUGGGUUUUCAUUUCUCAUCUCACUCUACAAUUUUCAGAAACCUCCCUUGCCGGAGCCGAGUCUUGGGGACUUGCCGGAGGGUUGCGUGGCUUCGAUCCUUGUUUACUUGGAUCCGCCGGAGAUUUGUACACUUUCUCGUCUGAAUCGAGCCUUUCGAUUCGCUUCUUCGGCUGAUUUUGUGUGGGAAUCGAAAUUGCCUCCGAAUUACGACUUUCUUAUUCGAAGAGUAUUUGAUGAUUUUCCAUCGAAAUUGUGUAUGAAAGAUAUGUACGCGAGGAUGUGUCAGCAGAAUUCCCUCGAUGGAGGCACUAAGAAAGUGUGGCUAGAUAAGAUUACAGGAAGAGUUUGUUUGUCAAUUUCUUCGAAAGGGUUGGCGAUUACCGGAAUAGAUGAUCGAAGAUAUUGGAAUCAUAUUCCUACUACAGAAUCUAGGUGGGAGAUGAGAAAAAAAAUUACAAACACAUGGGGGCUACAAAUAUGUCUGUGGUGGGGGGUGCAAAUGAAAGGUUGUGAGAAUCCAAGUAUCACUUGCACUGCUUCAUGUAUUGAUUCGACACAGUUGCUUAUCUCCAGCAAAUCUGGUGGUUUGAAGUCGAUGGAGAGGUGGAGUUCCCAUUUCCACCUGGGACCUAUAGCCUAUUCUUCAGGCUGCAUUUGGGCCGGGCCUCAAAGAGGUUUGGUCGUCGGGUCUGCAACUCUGAGCACAUCCACGGUUGGGAUAAAAAGCCUGUGCGGUUCCAGCUUUCGACUUCAGAUGGGCAGGAAGCCAUAUCUCAGUGCUUCUUGAACGAGCCCGGAAAAUGGAUGCACUGCCACGUUGGAGAUUUUGUUGUUGGGAAGAAUCCCAGUGUGCCAACAAAAGUCAAAUUCUCGAUGACACAGAUUGAUUGUACUCACACCAAAGGUGGUUUGUGUGUAGACUCUGUAGUAGUAUACCCAAGUGAGUUUAGGGAAGG